AUGAAGUUGUUGCUCCUUGUGCUGCUUGUUGCUACCACGCAACCGCUACCUAUCCGAUCGAAGGAUUCAGAAGAUGCUUUCUACCCAGUCCGUCAUGUCUACCGUAACGCCAAUGACUCAAAUCUUCGCGCCUACCGUAGUCCUGGUGACAAGCUCAAAUCCUCCCUAGAGCACUUAAAGAUGAUCGCUCGAGUCACCAACGGAAUCUACCUCCAACAUGCUCUUGCAUCUGGCUCCAUCCCUGCAGACAAACUGAUCUCCGAACUCCUCCACUUUGGAAAUGUGACAAUCACUCAAAUCGCUGGCAUCGAGAUGUCUAAGGUGCAAAAGUCGGUGGAAAUGUUGAAAGCACUUCCUGGCAGCCUUCUGAAUCCGAAUCCAGACGUCGCGGAUAUUGAGCUGACGUUGGGUACGAUUCAGGAGAUACUUGGAGCUAUCGAUGGACUUGGAGAUGUUGGGAUGAGACCAAGAGCUAAGGAGUUUGAUGCAUUCAUGACAACACUGAGUAAAACAGAUGUUGUGAUUCAAGUGGUAGCGGAUUUCGAGCGAAAAAUGCAUUCAUGGAAUGGUGCUCAUCAAGAAAUAAAAACUGUUACGGCUAUCAAUCGAGCCCAAAUCUCGUUUGAAGAUAUAUUUCAUGUUGCGAACAUAACGAAAACAUGUUUGCCAAGCCUCCAGUCCACUCUCCCACUCUGGAAAUACAAGGAGUUCAAGUCAGCCGCGGAGGGCUUGGAACCAUCGAUGAGACUAGUGGAUGCUAUAAACAUUACCGAUGAAAACAUCCUCAACCUGGUACGCACAACUAAACAAUGGACUCCCUACUCGGAGUACCUGAAUGGUGUUCUGAGUCAACUGAAUACCAUGAGAUCCAGCUACUCGGAAUUCCAAAAUGUUUAUGAUCUUCUGAUGGCUCGUAAAUCUCCUAGAAGUCGACUCGUCGAACAUGCCGCUGGUUUUUCGGAUGGCGUUUCUGAUAUUGUUUCGAUUUCGGUGGAUCUGGCGGAUCCGUGGAUGAAAAGUGUUGUCAAGUCGGAUGAGUUGACGAUUGCAUUGAAUGGAUUGAAAAGUUUAGAGGUCGUGGCAAAGAAAAUCGAAGAUUCGCUCAAGAGUCCUGAUCUCCUAUCAGACAUCACCCCUCUCUUUGAGAAUUUGGACUUGCUGAACAAGUUUGCGUUGGACACCGACAACAUCAAGACUGGAGUCACACAGGGUCAGACUGCCCCGGCUGCUUCACCAUUCAACUUGGAAUCAAAGCCUGUUACGGAGGCAAACGAUAUUCUGGAAGGUAUCGACGAGAAGUUUGCCCAGCUCGAAGCCCUUGUCCCAAAGCUUAUCCAAGCUGUCAGUGUACCCGGACUUGCUGAGAUGUGUGAUGCGAUCAUCAAAGUGUAUGAAACCAUCAAAGAUUCGAAGGAUGUGACCGCAUUUACAAAAGCAUAUACUGAUUUUAAAGAUAUGUCAAAGCUGAAGAAUCUGGUGGACAAUAUUUAUGGAAUUGUCGCUAACAUCACUGCGGUCCAAAAACCUAGAACUAUAAAGGGUGAUGCUGCAAGAUAUGUUUUUAGGACAAGUCAGUUGGACACUUAUCAUUCUACAGCUAAAACGAAGGCCAACAUCUUCGAACACUAUCAGAAUAGUCCUGGAUUGAAGUCGUUGAUCAAGGCGCAGUCGGAAAUUGAACGGAUCCGGAAACUCGAUCAGACAGUGCUGAACUCCUUCGACAAAGGAAUGGAGGUGGUGAAAACCGUGGCUGGCACAUCGGAUGACUUGAAGAAGCUGAGGACAACGAUUGAAGCAGUCAAUGGUGUCAAAAGUAAGGAGAUCGAUGGUCUGGAGGAGCUGAAGGAGGCUGGGAGACACUCGAAGACAAUCGGGUUGGCUGUCCGUGGAAUAUCCAGUAUGAAGAAUGUUUUGGAGAUGAAGUCGGAUGUCGUAGAUCUUGCUAGAAACAUCGACGUGAUCGGGCAGUAUAAGAAGGACGUGAAGGAUUCUGAAGACGUGAGGGAUCUGGACUCGUUGGUCAAGAUUGCUGAUGCAACUGAGAAGAUGCUCAAGUCACUGGACACCUUGGAAUCUACCGUAACCAUCUCAACCUCCACUGUCCUGGCGGAUCAGGCUGCAAUCUUCGAGAAAGCUAAGAUGAUCACUGGUGUCAAUGGGGACUAUAAGAAGAUUCUGGCUUCGGUGAUGAGAAUGGAAUCGGAAUCGUCUGGAAUGAGUUCGCAAGACCAGUUUAAGGUGAAUCAUGUGAAGGAGUCGCUUGAGAAAAUGGAUGAGAUGGAUUUGGACUUUGCGAGUUAUCAAUUGAGUUUCACUGCUUCGAAGGCUUCGUUGGUUGUGCUCGAUGAGUUUUUCGAUCGAUACUUCCAAAGGAUGACUGGAAUUGAUUCGGGCAACAAGAAGGAGGUGAAGAAAGACAUGACCCUUCUAUUCGUUGGUGGCGGUCUCCUGGGCACUGUACUCAUCCUCGCCAUCAUUCAUCUGAUAUUGUUCAAGUGUGCAAGUGACAAAUUCUUCACAAUCUAUCCGUUCCUAUUGCCACAACCGAAUUGGUGGUUGCCGAAAGAUACGGUAUCGUAUCUGAGAAUUGUCGUCACUGCCAUGCACACCAAAAUAGAAGAAUACCGUAACAACAAUUUGCAGAAUCAAAAAGGUGAUUUUGUUGGACAAGAUUUUUAUAAUUUCUUCAAAGGCUCAUACAUCUCGUAUUGCGUUGCUUUUGAUGAACCUUCCGGUGACAAGUUACUGGAGAUUGAUUCACAAGACAGCAGAUGUCAGGAACCUAUUAUCAAAGCGACUAUGCCGAAACUGACAGGAUACGGUACUCGAUUCACGAAUGCGAGUUUCGAUGCGAAUCUUUUCACAUUGCCGUAUAAAAAGGAGUGGUACAUCACCGAGACACCGGUCGGGUCAUCUGCUGAUAAAAAUUCGACAAUUGAGAAGUUUUGGUGGCUGGUAAUGCAGAAGAAGAGCAAGAUGGUUGUUAUGUUUGGGUUGAAGGAGAAAGGAAAAGAUAGUCCACCUGGACACCUGAAGUACUUUCCUCUCAAGAAAGGGGAGAAACUUGAAUUAGUUGGUCUCACUCUAGAGUGUCUUGAAUGUCAAAAGGACAAGAAUGGACUAUUGUAUAGAAAAAUAAGCGGACAGUUUGGUGGCAAAAAGUUUACUGUCACUCACUACUUCUUCUACAAUUGGGAAAUUUCGAAAACGAAUAAAGACACUCGCGACUUGUUGAUCAAACUUCUGAAGACUGCGCUCAGUCAGAAGUCACCGCUCGUUGUGCACUGCGAAACUGGUCGCCAGCAAUCUUCGACUUUUGCUCUCGCUGCUCACCUGAUCACUUCGGUCUUUAAACUCAAACAAUUUGAUCUGAAAGCCUCGUUGUUGGCACUGAAAUCGUCACGCUAUCAUUCCGUUACUGCUCCUUGUCAAUUUGCUUGUAGCUCGAUUUUGGCAAUGGAAUACUUUGCAACUAAUCUCGAAGUUAAAGAUUUUAAUGAUCAGAAGAUGAGAUCAAGAUACGUUACUCAUCAAGCGAGUUGGGUUGCAUACGAUGUAAUUUUUAAGGAUGACGAGAACCCUCAUCAAGUAGAUAUUGACGAUGCAGAUGCCAAGAAAAAUGAACCUACGCCAGAUGACAAGAAAAAACCCAAGUUGAAAAAAACGGAGAAGGAGCCUGCGAGCACAAUUAGUCAAGUGAACGAACAGAAUCAGCCAGCUCAACCAGAAGAAGGAGGAAGCCAACAAAACGAAGCGCCAGCUGAAAAUCCAGAAUAA